AUGGUAUGGACCAGAGACAUCGUCAAUGUAGGGCUUCCUGCGUCGGCCCUCGCCCUGGUGGCACUUGACCCCGACAAAGCGAGCCGCCUCCUGACGAGUCUGCACUUGCAGAAUCGCAUUCAGAUCCCAACACUCAGAAAAGCCCUCAUAAUACCAGUUGUUCUUUCACUGGUCAAAGUGGUCAACCGCUUACUGAAUGCCUGGGCACUGACCAACUGGCGCUCCCCGCCCACCAAGGACUGGCACUGGCCCAGCGAGGUGGCCGUCGUGACCGGCGGCGGCGGCGGCAUAGGGAAAGCCAUCGUGCUCGGCCUGGCCCGCAGGGGCGUCGCGGUCGCAGUGCUCGACGUGGCCGACGAGCCCGCCGACCUCGCGGCGCUGGCCAACGUCUCGUACUGGCAGUGCGACAUCGCGUCGGCGCCGGCGCUCGCCGCGGCGGCGGCCGGCAUCCGCGCGACGCUGGGCGACCCGUCGAUCCUGGUCAACAACGCGGCCACGACCGCGCACGGGCUGCCGCUGCUCGGGACGCCGCGCGAGCGCAUCCGCCGCAUCUUCGACGUCAACAUCGUCGCGCAGUUCGCGACCCUCCAGGAGUUCCUGCCGGCCAUGGUCGCCGCGGACAAGGGCCACGUCGUGACCGUCUCGUCCGUGGCGGCGUACGUCACCGCCGGCGUGUCGCUCGGCUACGCAGCGACAAAGGCCGGCCUCGUGGCGCUGCACCAGGGCCUGCAGGUGGAGAUCCGGAACGUGUACAAGACGCCGGGCGUCCUGAGCACCAUCGUCCACCCCAUGUGGGUGGAGACGGGCCUGACCAAGGCACGUGCCGCCGAAUCCGAGGCGAAGAGGAAGGCCAUGAUGCAGCCGGAGGAGGUCGCUGAGAAGGUGCUCGACCACGUAUUCGGCUGCCGUGGUGGACAGAUUGUGCUCCCUGAGAGAGUGAAAUGGUUGAUGGCCAUCCAGUCGUUUCCGAACUGGGUCCAGGAAGGGUUUCGAGAUCUUGGGUUCAAGCUUCGCUAG